AUGUAUCAUAUAUUCCAGUUCCUUACUGGCGCGAUCCGUGCACCUGAUAAGAGCCAUUAUAAAAAGGGUGCCUUGAAUAAAGCUACUACAGCGCCGGAAACCCUUUUGCCCCAUCAGGGGUUCCGAAACGCCCUGAAAGGCCAGAAGGUCUCUAUCCCAAGCUUGUACAGCUUAUUCCCAGAGUGGUCCCCGAAAUUGCAUGAAGGGUAUACAAGAGCCCGUGACGAAGUUAUCAACCCUUGGCUUGACAUCUGGGUUGAUGACCCGCAAACUUGCAUGAAGUUGAAAAAGGCCGAUUUUACUAUUUUCGCAGCGAUUAUCUGUGCGGACGUAUCAUUCGACAAGCUAUGCACAGUCGCUAAAUCUUUUGCAUGGUACUUUAUUUGGGACGAUCAGUUCGAUUGUGGAUCCUUGACUUAUGAUGCAAAAGGUGUAGCAAGCUACUUGAAAAAGAGCAAGGAGUAUUUCCAGCACCACCUGUUGGAGAUCGGGGAACAACCGGAUUUGUCAGAAUUUCCCCAGGAACAACAAAAGGCGUUACUCUGCUGGAAUGAAGUUGGCCAACACAUCCGCAAAACAUGUAGCAAAAAUGUGCGCGAAGUAUUCCUCGACAAGAUGCUACGAUACGUAGCUAGCGUCGACACAAUUGACUCCAUUUUCCACGAAGGAAAGGUCCCUUCGUUAGCAGAAUACUGGCAAAGGCGAGACCUUACGGCAGGGGUUUAUCCCGUGCUGGCCACUCUCCCUUUCGCCUACGGUAUUGAUAUCUCGAUGGAACACUUGAAAGAUCCAGCAUUUGCGGCAUUGUGGAGACAAACAUCAUAUGUUGUCCAUAUCACAAACGACAUGCUAUCUAUGCGAAAGGAAGCAAGAGACAACCAAAUCGAGAACCUUAUCCCUGUCAUUAUGAUGAACUAUGGGCUAGACUGCGACACAGCAAUGCAAACUAGCUUCCAAAUGGCAAAAGACGAAGUCAAAGGUAUACGUGUGGUAGAACACCUGUUUCAAAAGGGAGGCGAAAAUAAGAAUCUCGAAAUACCCGAAAUCCUCGCCGGCUCCUUUACCAAAGGGUGCAAGGACGUUGCCAUGGGACUGAUUCAUUGGAGCUGCUCUGGUGAACGUUAUUUCAAACAGCAGGAAUUCCGUGACGAUAAGUCGGUAACAUUUAGAAUAUGA